CUUGUUUCCUUGUUGCUUUGCACUCAAAAUUUUCUUUUUCUUUGGAAUGGCGGUUGAUCUGACUUCGCAUUUAACUGGAGUAGUUUUUUUUUUUUUUUGGUUUGAUUUUUCUUGUUUGGAUUUUAGAUUGGGGUAAUGAUUUGAGUUUGCAUGAAAUGUUGGCCACUAGCUUUUCAUUUACCAUGAUUAGUGUGAUAUUGGUAAAUGUGACGAUAAAGGGGUGUUCUUUAUUUGAGGCAAGAUAAGGUGGGUUUCCUAAGUAGUCCAUGGAAAUGUUCAGUAUAAGCUUUGAGAGCUGGCCUUUGGCAAAAGCAUUUUCUUGAAUCCCUUCCAAUGCUGACGGCCAGUUGUAUUGGGCUACCAUUAAUACAUUUUUAAAUCAAUGUAUUGUUGCUAGUUAUUUCUUUAUUUGAGUCUUCAUUUUGUAAAAGAUGAACAAGAAGGAAAGCUGACUUGCUAUAAGGAAAGGUGGCCUGCUAUUCUCGUCAAGUGUAUUCUGUUUUGAUGAGGAUUUUUCUUGUGAUGCUUCUUAAUUGCAGGAAGUAUUGAAGAGGCAUGGUUUGACUCGGUUGCAAUAUUCGAGUCUGAUUGUGAUGAAGAUUUCCAAAGUGUUCCAGAUGAUUUGUUAUCUUUAAAUGGCUUUGAGGGAGUACCAAUGUCAAGUACUGCAUUUAGCAGAGAGACAAAUCAUGGAGAUCAUAAUGUCAGUAUCCAACAUACCUCAUCAAGUGAUCAGGUGAAGAAGACAGGGGAUUUGUCAGCAGGAAACUCUGCCCGGAACCCUGCAAGUGAGCCUGCUAAACAUCCCCAUAGUCAACUCUUCAACUCAGAGUUUGCAGAUUCCCAGUCAAAAUCUGAGGGACCUUCAAAACCUGUGUUCCUUGAUGAAAUUGCUUCCUCUGUGGAUGAAAAUGCUGGAAAGGGGGAUGGGUUAUUAGAUAAUUGUGGAAUUCUUCCUGGAAACUGUUUGCCUUGUCUUGCUUCAACUGUUCCACCAGUUGAAAAGAGAAGAUCACUGGGUUCUAGUUCGCCAAGUGCGAGGAAAAAGGCCGCAUUAAAACAUCCAUUCAAAUGGAAGGAAGGGCAUCCCAACAACACUAUAUUUUCUUCAAAGCCGAUUCUGCAUAGACCAAUUGCUGGUUCCCAAGUACCAUUUUGCCCGAUGGAAAAGAAAAUGCUUGAUUGUUGGUCACAUAUAGAGCCAUGUAGUUUCAAAGUCCGGGGACAGAAUUAUUUCAGGGAUAGGAAGAAGGACUUUGCUCCUAACUAUGCUGCAUAUUAUCCAUUUGGGGUCGAUGUAUUUUUGUCUCCACAAAAAGUCGAUCAUAUUGCCCGGUUUGUGGAGCUUCCUGUUAUUAAUUCUUCUGGGAAGCUCCCAACUCUACUUGUCGUAAAUGUUCAGAUUCCAUUAUAUACUGCUGCACUUUUUCAGAGUGAAACAGAUGGAGAAGGAAUGAAUUUUGUUUUGUAUUUUAAGCUUUCUGAGAGUUACUCAAAGGAGCUUCCUACUCACUUUCAAGAAAGUAUCAGACGGUUAAUAGACGAUGAAGUUGAAAAGGUCAAAGGGUUCCCUAUAGAUACAAUUGUACCCUUUCGUGAAAGGUUGAAGAUAUUGGGUCGAGUUGUAAAUGUAGAAGACCUUCACUUAAGUGCUGCAGAGAGGAAGCUUAUGCAAGCUUACAAUGAAAAACCUGUUCUUUCACGACCUCAGCAUGAAUUUUAUUUAGGGGAAAACUAUUUGGAGAUUGACAUAGACAUGCAUAGAUUCAGUUACAUCUCUAGGAAAGGUUUUGAAGCAUUCUUAGACAGACUCAAGAUUUGUGUCCUGGAUGUUGGUCUAACAAUACAGGGGAACAAAUAUGAAGAGUUGCCAGAGCAGGUCCUGUGUUGUGUACGGUUAAACGGUAUUGACUACAUGAAUUAUCACCAACUAGGGUUGAAUCAAGAGCCCUUUGAAACUUAAAGUGCUUAAAUGAUAGAAGACAUAUCAUUAAUAAAGGCUAUUUUUCAAAGGGCCAUCAUUUCUGCAGUUCCUUAACUCAUCUCAACUCAAUGGCGACAGGAGAUAAUUGCAUAGAAAUAUAACAGAAUCAGGUCAAGAUGGCUUGUUUGAUUGUCUAAAAGUCUACUGCUAAGAUAGACAUUCUGGAUAUUAUAUGCAUUCUGGAAAGCAAUCAUGAUCAAGCUUCUGGUUAUAUUUCUACUGCAUUUUUAGCCUUAAUUAUCAGAUUACCAUUCUUUCUGUCUA